GUGCGAUCUGCAUUACUGCCAAUAUUUGCGUAAGGUGUGCGAAGCGUUAUCUUUCUCGGCGCUUCUUUCGGGAAGCAUAGAGGCCGAGGCGGAGGGCGAUGAUGGAGGACUUUGACGAGAUUUACGAGGAGGAGGAAGAGGAAGAGGAGGACGAGGACAGGGCCGCGGAGGAGCAGCUGCUCAAGUACGCUCCGGACCCGGUGGUAGUGCGCGGAUCCGGACACGUCACUGUGUUUGGUCUAAGCAAUAAAUUUGAGUCCGAGUUUCCCUCAGCACUUACAGGAAAGGUGGCCCCGGAGGAGUUUAAGUCCAGCAUAAACCGAGUGAACAGCUGUCUGAGGAAGGCUCUGCCGGUGAAUGUGCGCUGGCUGCUCUGUGGAUGUCUGUGCUGCUGCUGCACUCUGGGCUUCAGUCUGUGGCCCGUCAUCUGUCUUAGCAAGAGGACGCGCAGAUCCAUAGAGAAGUUAUUGGAGUGGGAAAACAGCAGAUUGUAUCACAAGCUUUGUUUGCAUUGGAGACUCAGCAAAAGGAAGUGUGAAACCAACAACAUGAUGGAAUAUGUGAUCCUAAUAGAGUUUCUACCCAAGAUCCCCAUCUUCAGGCCGGAUUAGCAGCGGCAGGCCUGCGGCGUGGUCUUCCUGAGGUGCCUUUCUCCGGUACUGUCAUGCUUUUCUCUCGUGGCCUCGUCCCUUUUUCCCUCCACACUCUCGAGUAAGAGACUCACUUCACAUCCGAGCGCCACUUUCAGCACUCCUCACUGAGAAAAACACUGUUUACAACCCACAAAACACACGGAGACUUCGUCCUGGUUCACAGGCUGCAUGAAAACACACAGAGGGAUCUUUUUAUCGACUGCAGAGUCUGCGGAGAGGUCACCAAAGUCACUUCUGAAGCGUCUACAACACCACGAUCACAUCACAGAGUCUAAGCGUCUCCAUGUUGCCGACGGGCAUCACUGUGGAACCAACUGUAGGAUUACUGUAUUCAUUCUGAAGACGAAAUCUACGUGGACUGUUGGAGCUAUUGCAGGAUAUCUGGUAGCUGAGAGCCAAAUGGACACGGUCAAUGCACAAUACAUAUUCCUCCAUCUCUCCUCACCAAUGAUCAUCUUCAUCUUCAAUAUACAAAGACAAUCAAACACUGACUGUGCCACGCACCUUCUCCACUCUGACGGGACUUUCAGGAGCCGGAUGUGGUCCAGGUGCACCGAUAGUGAUGCAGCACAGAUUGGAUCGGUUUGGCUGUUCUCUUGACUAUUUUUUUACCCUUGUUUACUUGCUCAGUUUGAAAAGGUGAACAGCUGAUGUUUGUGUGUUCGGGUGAUUGUUUCUCUCUCUGUCCCGGAGAUGUCCUUUUGCUUACAAAUCGGAACAUUUAUAGGUUCGUCUGAAAAAGUUCAUUAACAAGACAAAAUCUAUUUUUUAAAAACGUCACAAAUGUUGUAUUUUCUCCAGGGCAGGAUGAUCUCAUUUCUUCAUCUUAAUUUAAUGUUUUUUUUCCACUUAAUUUGUCUUUUUUGUUGUUGUUGUUCGUUUUUUCAUCUUUGUUUCAGUCCUGGGUCAGGUGUGAAGACUGAGCAAGUUCUAUGCAGGCCUUUUCUCUUUUACUGAAAUCUUGUGUAAAUUGUAGGUGAAUUAAGCAAUGAUCUCCCAGUACUAAAACAAUUGGUCCUAUUAGAUCUGAAAACCUGACACUUAUGAAGAGCGUGUGUGUGUGUGAUUACUGAUAUUAUUACAGAAGUUACAAUACCCUAUCUAGUCUGAUGUCAUCCCGAAUCCCAGGGACAUCGUCUUUUUAUUUUUCAGAAAUUAUUUCUGUGUAUUUAUGUACAACGUGUGUACAGAAAUAAAUAUGCCCAACUUGA